AGCGCGGGAUGCGGUGGGAGAGUGAGCACCGACAGCGGGGCGGGCCGGCAGGCACGGGUUGGGCUGUGAACCACCUUCUUCUGCACAGUGCCGGUGGCCACCGAUGCCAGAUGUUUGGUGUGCCACAUCACCUGCUUCACCAAAGCAGCCUUCGCCUCCCUCAUCUGCAUCAUCUUCACCUACACGGCUCUAGAGGAGCGGAGUCACCUGCAAGAGACCGACCCUGUGCACACGUACAGCAAGCUCGUCUUCCUCACCAUCUGCUAGCAUUUCUUUUCCUCCUCAAACACUGCUGCCCCUCGGCAGAAGCUCAGGGCCGCACCUCCAUUGCUUUUCCCUUCCCCCUGUCUUGGGGCUUUAAGUGUGAUGCGCAAACCCAUCCCAGCAACAAAUCCCCGUCUUUCCGGGAGAGCGAUGAGAUCAACGCGUCCGAUAUCGCCUGCGAAAACCUUAUGGUGACCGCGAGCCCCCUCAGCUCUCCGAGUGCUUCCAGCACCCUCGGUCCGGCACGAGCCGCCCGCUCACGAGGCGCCCUCCAGGCGGAGCUCCAGGGCGCCAGCUCGGAAGAAAGCGUGUCCUCGAGCCCGGGCACGGCUUCCCGGCUGCGGGAUGGCGAGCGGUGUUCGUUCCUCUCCCUGGAUGCACGGAGACCCCCGUCCCGAGCAUCUCCUGGACUGGCGGGGACAGGCAGCAAAGCCACCCAGCUCCACAGCCCCCGACGGGAGGCUGGAGCGGAGCCCAUCCGUGCGGUCUGCAGGAGGGCUCCGCGCCUAUGGAACCGUUAUCCGGAAACACCGGGCUGUAAAAAAUAUCGGCAUCAGCUGUUUUGUGGAGGGCCCACGUGAACGGCAAAGAGAAGGGAGAAAAGCAAGAGUACGCGAGACAAAAGAACCGGGUCAAAGCCUGCCAGAAGGAGAGUCGGUGUUAGAGCUCAGAGACUUUAUGGCUCCAAAUGCAUUAGGAAGUCCUAAUCCGUGCAAGCGAGCCCCUCUGCCGCCAGGGUGCGUGUCCUGUCCCGGUGCCCCCGAGCAGUGGGGACAGCAGCUCCGGAGCCUCCCCGGUACAGAGAAGGAGCCAAAGCCCCGCCGGCAGCCGAGCCCGCGCCGCGGGACGAUCGCCUGAUGAAAGCCGCCUUUCUGCCAGCGGAGCCAACGGCCGGGCAGGCUCCGGAAGGUUCCUGUUCCCGUGCCGGGACCCUCGUCCCUUCUCCCAACGAGCAGCAGCCCCUCCGUGCCGGGCGGCAGCGCCUCUGGGGCUGCCGCCACGCCUCGUCUUUGUCCGGCUGCGACCGGCCACGCGCAGCGCCGGGAGCCGCGACCCCUCGGCCUGAGCCCCGGCCCUCGGCCUUAACGUUGUCCCCUCGGCCUCAGCCCCGGCCCAGGACUUUGUGCCUGCUGGCAGCCCGGACUGUGGGCACAGAGUGGAACCCCGAGCAGGGCUGGCUCUGAGCACACGGUGACACCAGUGCAAAGCGAGGGGGGAGCCGACAGAGCUCCGAGAAACCACAAUCCCUGGCAGAUGGAUG